AUGCGAGACCUAACGGCUCAGGUAACGAGCAGCCUGCUGCAGUUUCCAGAGGUGACUAUUCAGGCAGUUGGGGAAGAUGAGAGAGCUCUAGAUGCUGUGCUGCGUGGGAAGUUUUCCGGAGGGAGAAAUGGCCUGGCAUGGCUGGCAAGUGGUCCUCACCUUGAGGUAGUGAACUCUGUGACAGGAGAGUGGAUCUCCGCGUACCGCUUCAGUGGAGUAAAUGAAGAGGCUCCCACCGUUCGUGUGGUGAAGGAGUUUUCCUGGCAGAAGAGAACUGGACUGCUGGUUGGGUUGGAAGAAGCAGAGGGAAGCGUUCUCUGUCUGUACGACCUUGGAAUAUCAAGAGUGGUUAAAGCAGUUGUUCUGCCGGGAAGGGUUACUGCUAUAGAACCCAUAACUAAUCACGGAGGAGCCAGUGUGAGCACUCAGCACCUACAUCAGAGCCUGCGAUGGCUCUUUGGAGUGGCAGCAGUGGCUACAGAUGUUGGCCAUCUACUUCUGGUUGACCUUUGUUUGGAUGAUUUAUCCUGCAGUCAGAAUGAAACAGAAGCAUCGGAUCUCGAAGUGGUCACUGGAAUUCCUCCUGACGUUCCACAAAGAAGAGAAACUGUGACCAGAGAAAGGAGACAUCUCUGUUUUCAAUUACAAAAUCCUUCAGGAACAGCAAUAUCAACCCUGUGCUACCUAAGCAGAAUCAAUCAGCUCGUUGUGGGUUUUUCAGAUGGCUACCUGUCACUGUGGAACGUGAAAACUCUGCAGAGGGAGCACCAUUCUCAGCUUGAAGGAGGAAGGAUUCCUGUGUGUGCUGUUACUUUUCAAGAGCCUGAGAAUGACCCUCGCAAUUGUUGCUACUUGUGGGUUGUUCAGUCAACACAAGAAAGGGAAGGUGAUGUUGUGAGUUUACGUCUGAUGCAGUUAGCAUUUGGUGACAGAAAACGCUUGGCAUCAGGACAAGUCCUGUAUGAGGGUUUGGAAUACUGUGAUGAAAGGUACACUUUAGAUCUCACGGGUGGAGUCUUUCCCUUGAGAGGACAGACCAGCAAUACUAAAUUACUCAGCUGUCAGACUGUAGAAAAAUUUCGGAACCACGUUGACAGAGAGGAUGGUGUUAAUGAAGUAAUAUCUCCUGACACCAGUGUAUCAAUCUUCAGCUGGCAAGUGAAUACCUAUGGUCAGGGAAAACCGUCUGCUUAUUUGGGAGUAUUUGACAUAAAUCGCUGGUAUCAUGCUCAGAUGCCAGAUUCUCUAAGGCCAGAAGAUUUCCUUUGUGAUUGCACCUAUUUUGCCUUGUGGUCACUGGAUGCUGUAAUAAGCAUGACUUCUCCAGACCUCAUUUUGGAUAUUCUGGUACAUGAGCGGAGUCUAAGUCGGGGAGUUCCUCCUUCUUAUCCACCACCUGAGCAGUUUUUUAAUCCAAGCACCUAUAAUUUUGAUGGUACGUGCUUGCUGAACUCUGGCGUCAUUCGUAUGACUUGCACCGGCUUCCAGAAGGAGACCUUGAAUUUUUUAAAGAGAUCUGGUCCUGCAAUAAGUGAAGUCGUUCAUGACAGCUACAGUAGGUGUCUUUUAGCUGGCUUGCUGUCUCCAAGACUAGUUGAUGUCCAGCCAUCCAGUUUGAGUCAGGAGGAGCAGUUAGAAGCGAUAUUGUCAGCUGCUGUCCAGACAGGUUCUUUAGAACUUCUGACUGGAUGCAUUAAACGUUGGACAUCUGAAGAGCAGCCAAGUUCUGCUGCUAGUUUACGGUUUGUUCUUGAGUGGACAUGGAAUAAAGUGGUCGAUACAAAAGAUGAAGUUGACCAGACGUGUGUUCCACUGUUUGAUGGCUCUUGCAACUUCAUUGACCCACAGAUGUUACAGUCUCUUCAGCACUGCCAGUGGCUUUUGAGCAACCUUAGUACAGUCUUAAACUGUUUUGUAAAAGAAGCACGAGAGCUUACCGAAAAAGGUUGUGCAGACUUGACAAAGAAGCAGGCGGUAACUAGCCUCAUUUCUUUGUACGUGCAAGUGAUCAUCUGGUUCUGUCGAUCCAGUCUCCUUCCAGAGGGUUUAGGUGAGCACAAACU